UACUAGUGCAUUGUGUUUAAAUUAGUGGGAGGGGAGCCUUUUCUGUCACUGAUCAAUGACUUGACUUCCUUCUCUCUGCUCAGCAGUGCUCCAGAACAGAGAAAUUGACUGGUGCUAGUCUCUUUCACAGCAGUAGCGUUUCAAACAAUAUAGCUCCCACACUGGAUUCUCUUUGUGCCCCGGCACCUACCCAACAACAUGAGCGCAGGGGAUGUGGUCUGCACAGGCUGGCUCAUCAAAUCACCUCCUGAAAAGAAAUUAAAGAGAUAUGCUUGGCGGAAGCGCUGGUUCGUGCUGCGCCGGGGGCGGAUGAGUGGAAACCCUGACGUCUUGGAGUACUACCGCAACAAGAACUCCAAAAAGCCGCUGCGUGUGAUCGACCUGAACGAGUGCGGGGUCCACAUGCACACACGCUCCGACGCUGGCGUGGUCAAGAGGGAGUUCAUGAACAACCACGUCUUCGUGGUGAAGACCUCCUUCCGCACCUUCUACCUGGUGGCCAAGACCCAGGAGGAGAUGAACACCUGGGUGCACAACAUCAGCCAGAUCUGCCACUUCGGGCCCCUGGAUGAUGGGACAGAUUCGGUGGAGAGCCUUUCCCAGACUGCCUCCUCUCUGCAGCCCUCCCCUUCGGCCUCCACCCACACCUCCAGGGUCACAGACGACAUCUCGUUCUCGGCGCACGACCUCACCGCCGACACCAACACCACGGAGGAGAGCCACAGCGAGUCUGACUCCAGUCUGCCCCCGGACUACCUCUUCCUGUCACAGUGCGAGAGCGGAAGAAUCAACAUCCCCAGGUGUAACACCUGGUCACAGACAGACAGGUGGCUGGAGCAGAAUUCGUCAGACAGCGUGUUUGAAGACGUGAUCCUUUCCCCGCUCAGCUCCUGUCAGCCCCCGUCUCCAUUCUCGCCUCUGGACACGGCACUCUCGUCCUCCACAGACCCUAGCACCUUCACGCCGCUCGAGCGGGGCGCCUCGUCCCGGGACUUCACCUCUUCAUCCCCACUGACUGCCCACGCCCAGCCCCAGAUCUUCCAGUUCGAUAAGAACCUCGUCGCCUCCGCUCUGGGGGGCACUCCAGACGGGAACACGCCCCCGCCACGGCCCCCCAAGCCCAAGAGCUUCUCUGAGCGACGGCAGGAGGAGUUCAGGGCCCACACGAUGCUCGUGAACGGAAACGGUGCCUACGCUGUGCCGGCAAGCGGUGUGCAGCGAAGAAUCUCCCUGUCCGGUCUGGAUAACGUCAGGAGAGUUGAAUUUGAAGGGAUCUCUAUAAGGAGCCGGGACAAGAGGCUGAGUCUUAAUUUGCCCAGGAGGGUUCCAGCAUACAGCCCAAGCCCAGUGGACGUACCCGAGGACAGUUAUGUGCCCAUGAACCCUGGAGCCUCUCCCCCCAUCUCUACCUUCAACUGCCCCUCCGACGGGUACAUCCCCAUGAGCCCCACCAGCACAAAGUUCCUGCUGUCCAACGGAAACACAGAACCAGGACCUCCCCCAGUGAAAAGGCACCUGAAGCCCCUCCAGAGAACAAGACCUCCGCCACUGGAUCUGAGAGGCCUUACCACGAUCAGGGAACAUCCUAUCCAUAUGCCUCUCAUAAGAUCAUCGACAGAGCCCUUUCCUUGCAACCCGGCACCAGGAAGAGCCACAGCCAGUGUCACAUUCGGGGAGGAAGACAGCAGCUUCACACCAGGGGAUGUUUCCAUCAAUACGCACAUUUUCUUUCCUUUGCCGAGAAAAUCUAACCUGGACUAUCUGGCUCUGGACUUCAACUCAGCAUCUCCUUCUCCUGUUCAGAAGAAACCCAUGCUUGCUGAUGAGAUGCGGGUGGACUACGUCCAGGUGGACGAGCAGAAGACACAGGCCCUUCAGAACACUAAGCAGGAGUGGACAGACGUGAGGCAGUCAAAAGUUUGAACGAAACUUUCAAAUUCCUACCGAAAAACGCACCAGCACUGGACUAUGGGGAUACAAGGGAAACCACAGACUAGCUAGUAAGAAAAACCUGGCACCGAGAGUGAGUUAGUGCUACUCUGUGUCCCGGACAUGUUAAUGAUUCAUUCUUCAGGAUCUUCAUAUCUCCAGCCUCAGACUUGUAAACCGGCUUUUCCCUGUAUUUCCAAAAAGAGAAAUAUCCUUGUUUGCAUUACCAAUUCUGAGAGUGCUUGUAAGACCUUGAAUUAUAUUAGGAGUCUGGAGUCAAAUCUGUUUAGAUCAUUACACUAGACACUCUUAUCAGUAGCAUUACCAUUAUCAGCAGUGUUGUGGUCAUGUCUUUUUUAUUUCUGUCCACUCAUUAUCUUUUCGGAUGAAUCUUUCACCCUGGGCUAUUUCAAGUUUAAACUUCUUUAUUUUUAAUGUUAUUACACAGCACACUAACACUGAGCUUCACCUAAUAUUUGGUUGCUAUGGGUAUUAUCAUGUGGCAUUAGCUCUUUGAAAAGCAUUAACCUUAGGCAUUCAUCUAUGCAGGAAUACUGUAACCAAACACUGCCAUCUGUGAUAAUAUAACCUCAAAACAUGUUCAAGUAAAAAAAAAAUAUAUAUAUAUAUAAUCAAAAGUGCAUUAAUAACAUAAACACAUUAUAAAGUAUACAUAGCACUUAUGCGGGACCCCUGGCCUGAAGUAAGCUGGGAUGUGCUCAUUAAAUGACCUCCAUGUGGAGGCGUCAUCUUAUCCUUUGGCUCCCCAUGCCUGCUUCUUAAGAUCUAGUGCUUCACUGAGAAUCCUUUGCAGCUGCAGAAGGUGAAGUUUAUUCUGGAAAUAGUCUAGUUUGCCUUAGUUUAUGGCAAGUCACUGGUGUCUGGACAAAGUUCACUUCAUCAUGAAGUACUGUAUGCAUCGGUAUGUAUUUUUUUUUUAAAAUUGAAUCCAAACAAUUAAGCUAGCCAAAAAAAAAAGAAAAACAUCCUGAUAGAAAUUAUAUAAAUGAUAUUUUUUUUAUUAUUAACCGCACAGAAAAUAGCAUGUGCUGAGCUGUUUACAACGCUCCACAUAGCUGCAGCUAGAACUACAGCUGCAAUCAUACAUCACUGACAUUGCACUUAUUUACAGCAACAGAAUAGCAGCAGGAAGGCUAUGGCCAGAUUAAAAGUAAUCUGACUGUGUUUACACAAGGAAGUUCAUUUUAGACCAAUGGAUAUGUAUGUGCGUCAUUACCAUAUAUAUAUAUAUAUAUAUAUAUAUAUAUAUAUAUAUAUAUAUAUAUAUAUAUAUAUAUACACAGUAUAUAUAGAUGUACACACAAGGUUUAAAUGAUAAAAUCACUUAUUCACUUAUUUAUUUCACGACAUUUCAGACAAACUGUGUUUUCUUUCUACAAAGCUGAAGAAGGGCUUUUGUCCGAAACGUCCUGAAAUAAAUAAAUGUAUGUUUUAAUCAUUUAAACCUUUUGUGUACAUCCAAAAUAGGACACGCUAUGUUCUGCGUGUUUAAUAAAAAUACACAUUCUGUAUGGGUUUGGCAUGUGUAAUAUCAUACCUUUCUGCAUGAGUUCAGGGGUGGGUGUUUUCCAUUUGUUCAGGUACAUUUACUUUGAAUUAACCACUAUGAGGGCAAGCUACUAAAAUGCAUUACAUUUAUCUUACACUUUUAAAUAUGGUAUGUUGUAACACUUUUUUUUCAUAGAUGUUCUUAAAUUUCUAUAUUUGCAAUGAAAUAAGAUAUUCAAAGGUGUGUAUACAAGUAAUAAGAUGUAAAAAAAAAAAUAUGUACAAAAGAUUGCGCACUGAUAUCUAAGUAAGACAUUUCUAUUUAUGGAAAAAUGAAAGAAUUUAUGUUCAUUUUUUUCUUUUUCUUUUGUAUAUGUAAGUAAUGUGUGUGUGGGGGGGGGGGGGGGGUGAGUAACCUGCUGGAAAUUAAAGAAGAAUUUCUUAUUAGGAUACCAAUUCAGGGGCACGAGUUGGCAGGUAAACUAUCAUUAUUUGCCCAUGUUACACGUAUCUUAAAGGGAUACCACAUUUCUCAGGAAUACAGACAUACAGAAUGUUUGGUUUGUUUGAAUGGCCUAGCAGGCGAUCUCAACCCCCCUGCCAUUAACUCUGUAUUAACCCUGCUGGUGCUUGACCACUUUAUUAUCAUCACAAAACACAAUACAAAAAAAAUAAGAAGGACAGCAAAAUAUCAGGGGCAUAGAUGUGGGCAUUGGGGUUAAGAUCCACUGCUGUUUAUGUACUUACAAUAGACCCCCAUUACAGCAGGAGAUCAUUCUAACCAUGUCACAUUUACAUUGUGCCAUACAGUGUGCAUUUCGUUAUGCGUUUCAUUUCCUAGUUGCUAUGCACACAGAUCGCAGACCCCCAAUCUAACAGACCUGUUCAAUAACGAAUUAAAAAGGGCACCCAGUCGGGUUAUGUUGUUACAGAUCCAGGUAGAAACAGAAUCCCAAUCCUGUUCUAGAAUCCAUUCUUGAUGAGCAUUCCGUCUCUGUGAUUGUCCCACCCUAGGUUUGCAGAGUAAGUGUUCAUUUCAUUCUGGAGACAAUGAUUAGUCAAGCGUUUUUCACACUGGCUAAUAUCAUCAUGUCACGACAGCGCUGUACCUGUAGCUGUCACCACAAACACUUGUACACAUGCAUGUCUCUUCCCAGGCACACAGCAGGUUUGUAUGUGCGAUUUUGGGGAUCGAAUCAAUUAUGUUUAACUGCGGGCAGCACAGUGAGAAAAGGGUACACGCUCUGACAAAUAGGACAUUCAGCUGCAGGCUGAAUCCACACAGAACCUAGAAUCGUUUGGUAAAACAGUUUGGCAGAAAUUGUAUUUAUUUAUUAAUUAAUGUGUGUAUUUAUCUCUGUUUUGAUUCAGUUUGAUUCUAAUGCCAAAUAGGACAAAAAUGCUAUAUUCAGUAAUGUGCAACAUGUUCUAAGCACUGUAAAUUACAUGGAAAAUAUAGGGUUCUGUAUGCAUCUUCUGUUUAAGAUAUAUAUAUAUAUAUAUAUAUAUAUAUAUAUAUAUAUAUAUAUAUAUAUAUAUAUAUAUAUAUAUAUAUACACACACAGCUCAAUAGGUUAAAAUAGCUGCUAUCUACCUGCGUGUAACUACAAAUGAGGCACCAGAGAGUAACAGGUUUUGGGUUCAAUGUUUGAGUUGAAAAAUGUGUUCCCCAUUUAAAGUCUGUUUGAAAAUGUACUUCAGAGUUCAGACGUGUUUAAAAGUCACAAGUCAUCAGAGAAACCAUUGCAAACCAGUUUACCAAUCAUGGAAGAAGUUUAUUACAGCGAGGUCCAUGUAGAUACUUCAGCACACAGAUAAUGCUCUAAAUUCAAGAGGGGCCUCCAGUGUAAAAAAACACAUUGUUCUGUGAUGUGGUUAAAACCCUAGUCUGGAUCUUUGAGUCCUGUUUCAACACACUGUCACUGUAAUCAGUCCUGUCAUCUCAAUGGCAUAUUCCAUAGCUUUCCUGAGAAGAUCCAAUGCUGUACUUGUGUUACACAAAUAACCUCCUGUGACUGGUGUUUGUUUGCUUUUCUGUUCUUUAUAAUAUGAAGUUUUGUGUAAAUACUGCACUUGCGUACAAUCACUGGCUGAAGCGUCUUCAAAACUGCUAAUAAAAUAAAAGCUGUUUGAAAUGUU